CUUAUUAUUUUGUGGGGUUUUCAUGUUUGGUCUUAUUGCGGUAGUUGGAAUUCAAUACCUGAGAGUUCCAUUAAAUAAUAUAUCCUUAAAUCUUAACAAUUCUUAAGUUCCAUUUAAUAAUCUGUACUUAAUUCUUAACAAUUCCAGAUGUUUUUUUUUUUAAGAAAAGGUGUACUUCCAAUGUUUGUUUUGUCCUAGGAAAAAGAAAAUUCUUGUCAGCCCAACAUAGGCAAAAUUUGAUGCACCAAGGCUUCUUUUAUGAUUUAAUAUUUAAAUUUUUAAUCAACUACAAAAAUUGGUGAGAAAAUCAAGAUUUUGCAGAGAUGUCAAAGAGGGUUCUUGAGUUUAUGGAGAAGAUUCAUCAAGGAAAUGCAAAGGGCUCUUAGAAGACCAUCACUUGGACAUUAAAUCAACUCACUUAUAUGUACCAUGUUACUAUUGGCAUCUUCAUAUGAAGUUGUUGGUUCAAUGCAUUAUGUUGCUUUUGUUGUUGAGCCAUUGUUCUUCUGACUACAAGCCCAAUGUUGAAGUGGAAAUUUUAAUGGAGCUUCUAGAGGAUCUAAAGGAUACCAAUGGGAACAUUCAAGAUUGGGGUUACUUUGUAGUUAGCCCGUGCUAUAGUUGGUCACAUGUCAUAUGUGAUCAGAAAGAUGGAAACGUCAUAUCAUUGAGCUUGGGUUCAAUUGGAUUUUCUGGGAAACUUUCAAGUUCGAUAACCAAAUUGAAGUUUUUGACUUACUUGGAUUUACAUGAUAACAAGCUAUCAGGUGAGUUGCCUGAUCUAAGUAGCUUGGUGAACUUACAAAAUCUAAAUCUUACACGAAAUAAGUUUAGUGGAUCUAUUCCAGCCUCUUGGGGUCAACUUUCAAACCUAAAAUAUUUAGAUCUUUCGGGCAACAAUCUAAGUGGAAAAAUCCCUGAAAAGUUAUUCUCGACUCAUGUAUUCAACUUUACAGGAACAUCUCUCGAUUGUGGUGCCACGUUUCCGCAACCUUGCAUUUCAGGCUCCUCUGUUUCAGGUUCUACUAAAAAUUCAAAACUAAAGUUGGUUGCUUUUGGCGUUGGUUGUGCUGCUCUCGUGCUUUUAUUGUUAGGAGCCAUCUUUUUAUACCGAUUCAAGCUUAUGUCCAAACUUGAACGUGACUUAUUCAUUGAUGUAGAAGGUGAAGAUGACAGUUUAGUUUCAUAUGGGCAACUUAAAAGAUUUUCAUGGCGGGAAGUACAGCUGGCAACCAACAACUUCAAUGAAAGCAAUAUCAUAGGUCGAGGAGGUUUUGGGAAAGUUUAUAAGGGUGUUAUUGCAGAUAACACAAAAGUUGCGAUUAAAAGACUCGCAGAUUAUCAGAGUCCAGGUGGCGAGGCGGCUUUCUUGAGGGAAAUUCAGUUGAUAAGUGUUGCAGUUCAUCGCAAUCUUCUUAAGUUGAUUGGGUUUUCUACAACAUCGUAUGAAAGAGUACUUAUUUAUCCAUUUAUGCAAAAUCUAAGCGUUGCAUAUCACCUACGAGAUUUGAAACCGGGAGAGAAACCCUUGGAUUGGGCAACACGAAAACGCAUAGCAUUUGGUACGGCUCGUGGCCUAGAGUAUUUGCACGAGCAUUGUACUCCAAAGAUCAUUCAUCGUGAUAUGAAAGCUGCAAAUAUUCUUUUAGAUGAUGAAUUUGAACCUGUUCUUGGGGAUUUUGGGUUAGCAAAGCUUGUAGAUAAUGAUCUCACUCAUAUUACAACUCAAGUACGUGGGACAAUGGGACACAUUGCUCCCGAGUAUUUGUCCACAGGAAAAUCCUCAGAGAAAACCGAUGUUUUUGGAUACGGUAUAACAUUGUUGGAACUUAUAACGGGACAACGUGCAGUGGAUCUUUCUCGCCUUGAAGAUGAGGAAGAUGUUCUCCUUCUUGAUCAUAUCAAGAAACUGCUCAGGGAAACGAGGAUCAGUGACAUUGUGGAUCCGAGUCUCACGGUUUAUGAUGCAAAAGAAGUUGAAACAAUGCUUCAGGUGGCCUUGUUAUGCACCCAAGGUUCACCAGAGAAUCGUCCAAAAAUGGGAGAUGUCAUUCAUAUGCUUCGAGGACAGGAUUUGGUGGAGCGAUGGGCAGAAUGGGAACAAAUAGAAGAAGUUAGGGUUCAAGAAUUUUUUCGUAUGUCUCACCAGUUUGCAUGGGGUGACGACUCGACCCUCGAUCAAGAAGCUAUACAGUUGUCACGAGCCAGAUGAAAGUGACCCAACUCGAAACUCAGAAAGUAAAAUGGUAUACUUAAAGAAAAUAUUACGUGAAAUGUAAUAAAGUUUAAUUAGUGUAUUUGGUUUUGGGCUUGCUCGUUGUAAACUUACGUGAGAUACAAAUGUCUAUGCUACUUGUAGUUCUGUUGUUGGGUGACAUGUACGUUUUCUUGGUUAUACCGUUUUGUAACGUAAUAUGAUUUCUAUAGAACACACGAAUUAAUAUA